AUGACCGUGGUAGAGGGCCAGCAAGGAGUCAUUGUGAUCGACCCCCUCAUCUCGGCUGAAUGUGCCGCAGCAGCUCUAGCAUUAUAUCGGCAACAUCGUGGAAACCGAAAGGUCACUGGCCUCAUCUAUUCACAUUCACAUGUGGAUCAUUUUGGGGGUGCAGCGGGUGUGCUUCCAUCUUACGGCCUCGCCAACGAAUCGUCUACUACUGAGCCCGUAUCCAUUCCAAUCCUUGCCCCCGAGCACUUCAUGGAUGAGGCCAUCAGCGAAAACAUAUUCGCGGGACCAGCAAUGCGUCGGCGUGCAGCAUUUAUGUUCGGCAAUCGCCUGGUUAAGGGUUCCCAAGGCCAGGUUAGCUCCGGGCUCGGCCUGACCAGUUCCAGUGGCACCACUGGGCUUAUCCCGCCAAAUGUGGAUAUCAAACUAACAGGCGAAGAGCAUGUUUUGGAUGGAGUGAGAAUCAUCUUUCAAAUGGUUCCGGGCACAGAGGCACCGGCAGAGAUCAAUCUCUAUUUCCCAGAACAACGGGCCCUCUGUAUCUCAGAAUGCGCUACUCAUUGUAUGCACAAUAUAGGCACCCUCAGGGGUGCUCAAGUACGGGAUGCAAAGGCGUGGUCUAAAUACCUCGAUGAAUCAUUGGCACUUUUUGGAAAUAAGUCCGAUGUUUUGUUCGCUAGCCAUCACUGGCCAACCUGGGGCCAGGAGAAGCUCAUACAGCUCAUAUCGGAGCAGCGUGAUCUAUACGCCUACCUCCAUGACCAGACAUGCCGGAUGAUGAAUCUUGGGCUCACAGGAUCCCAAAUUGCAGAAAGGCUACAAUUGCCUACGUCCCUUCAGAAGGCCUGGCAUAUCAAAGGCUAUUAUGGCUCCCUUAGCCACAAUGUGAAAGCCAUAUAUCAGCGGUACAUGACCUGGUUCGACGGCAAUGCUGCUCAUCUAUGGCAGCAUCCACCAGAAAAUGAAGCAAAGCGAUAUGUUGACUGUAUGGGGGGCGUGGAAAGUGUUGUUGGAAAGGCCCUAGCGUAUCGUGACGACGGCGAUCUCCGCUUUGCGGCUACUUUACUUGACCACGCGCUUUUUACGGAGCCUACGCCCGCGGUAAGAGAAGCAUCGGCCUCGGUAUUCGAGAGGCUAGGCUACGGGGCAGAGAAUGCCAUAUGGCGCAAUUUCUAUCUUACCCGCGCUCAAGACAUCCGCAACAAGGUCGAAUUCCAUAUUUCGAAACCCGCAGAAGUGCAACCAAUAAAUCCAUUCCUCUCCGUGGCUGACUGGCUGGAUUGUAUCUCUAUUCAAUUGGAUGGGAGUCGGGUAAAUGGCGAGAACAUCACGAUUGACAUCCUGAUGCCUGAUGAGAAAUGUCGCUGGACAUUGUCCUUGAGCAAUGGCGCUUUAACUUAUCGGGAAAAGCCAAUUGAACAGGAUUCUCAGCAACCAGCAGAUUUAAUCCUAAAUUUGACUAAAGGCCAGCUAGCUGAGGUCCUUCAGGGUGAUCUUCAGGUGAUUGAACAAGCCGAGGGGGACCUGAGCGUCUUAUCCAAACUUCUAGGGUUCCUGUCCAUUGUGAUCAGAGGACGACCAAUGUUAUAG